CCUAUAGGAACUUGCACUCGCCGCUUCGGCACCGAGCAAGGCCCCGGCUUUCUCUAGGCGCCACAUGCCAGGACGAAGCCAUCUCUGCGGCAAGGACCUUGACAGAAGAAGCACUAUUACGACGCAGGUAGAUAGGAUACCUGCCCCCCCCCUCCCGUUAUCCGCACCGCCGCUGCAGCCUGCGACCGGUACUUUCGGAAGCACCGAAGAAGCGGAGCCUUGCGCUAGGCCGGUCACCAACAAACGCACACACGACUGGAGCCCAUCAGAGAACGCCUACCGGACGUCAUCCUCAGCGCGUUCAGCCCCUCCUCACACACACGCACACACACACACGCACCUCUUGUCCUGCCGCCCUCCACCGUCCCGAAUCUCGCCCUCUCCGACCAAACAAACACUCGCGCGUGAACAUGCUAAAUCCGCAACCUUCCGGCAUUUGAGAUAUCUCCGAAGAGACUUGGCCUGCUUACCAAACCCGCCACGCCACGCAAGCGCCAUCCCAGCCGCAUCAUCUCACCCAUUGGAUUCGUACCUGUCAGCAGCAGACGGACGGCCUUGUUGCGGCAUAUCCACCGAGCACUCUUGAUAUAGAACUGCCCGAGGCCAACGCCACCCAACAUUGACUGAUCCGGAGAACCCCGCCCCGGAAACCGUGUGACACCAUGGAGACUGUCGUUGAUCACGAUGUCGUCGAGGUGGACGAGUUUGAUGCGCUGUAGGUGGACAUCAUUGCGUGACUGUUCGCCGGGGGGGCCUAACCUCGUGCCCGUGGCACGAACACGGUGCCGUCCCCUCUCC